AUGGGUUCCUCAGUUUUCGAGCCGCCGGAUGAGGCCGAGGCGGCGGCAUUCCAGCAGCAGCAGCAGCAGCAGCAGCAGCAGCAGCAAGGCGGCGGUGGCCGCGGCGGCGGGCGUGGCGGCCGCGGCCGUGGCGGGCGCGGCCGCGGCGGGCGCGGCGGUGGGGGCGGCGGUGGCAGCACGGCCCCCACGGUGCUGAAGCAGCUGGGUCUGGUGGCGGUGCGCGGGGCAGAGGUCAUGGAGAUCCGUGAUGAGACUGGCAACCUCAUGAACGACUUCACGGGGCGCGUCAGGUUCGACGAGCGCAAGCCGCCCCAGGGUUUUGUGCGCACCCUCACCCUGGCCCUGGACCCGGCGCAGUACCAGAUAGACGUCAACGCCGCCGCGGCAGCGGGGGGCGGCGCGGACGCCGGCGCUGACGUGUACGCGCGCCUCAACUGCGUGCUGCGGCGGGACGCCAAGGAGAACAACUUCAAGGCCGUUCUAGAGUCAAUCCGUGACCUGCUGAACGAGGACGCAGCCAUACCCCCCUGGCUGCACGACAUAUUCCUGGGCUACGGGGACCCCGCGGCCGCCCACUACACCAACAUGCCCGACACACUGACCACGGUGGACUUCAAGGACACCUUCCUGGAUUUUGGCCACCUCAAGGACAGCUUCCCCCAAUACAGGGUGAAGAUCAAGGACGCUGACGAGGACGCUGACAAGGACGGCGCCGCAACCGCCAAGGGCAAGGGCGCCGAGCCAGGCCCGCCCGCGCCGCCGUACCGGCUGACAUUCCCGCAGGCGGCCGCGGCGGUGCCCGGCAGCACCAAGACCGGCGCCAGCAGCAAGGACGCGCGAGACGCCGCGCUCGCGCCUGCGGCCGCCGCGGCGGGCGAGCAGCAGCAGGAGCAGCAGCAGCAGCAGCAGCAGCAGCAGAACGGCGGCGGCGGGGGUGAUGCACGGCCUGUGUUGUUGGUGGAGCCGUACGUGCCUGAGAACCCGGGGCCCUACCCGCAGGACCAGCCGCGGCGCAACACAGUCAGGUUCACGCCAGUGCAG